AUGGAGGAAGAGCUUCGUGUUAGACUCAAUGAUCACCAAGUUUCAAAGAUUUUCCCUGUGAAACCAAAAUCAACAGCGAAAUCUGUUUCCAAGUCGGAGACUACGGAUUCCAGAUACUGGUCCUCCUUCAAACCUAACUCCAACAUUCCUAAACUGGUCUCCUCCGUCGCCGCCUUGGCUUUCUCUCCGGUCCACCCUCAUUCCCUUGCCGUGGCCCACUCCACCACCGUCUCCCUCUUUUCCUCCCACACGCUUUCCGUCUCCCGCCGUUUCUCCUUCAAAGAUGUUGUCUCCUCCGUCUGUUUUCGUUCCGACGGCGCUCUUCUCGCCGCAUCCGACCUCUCCGGCGUGGUGCAGGUCUUCGACGUCAAGGAACGCAUGGCUCUCCGUAGCCUCCGCUCCCACAAGGCACCCGCGCGAUUCGUCAAGUAUCCCUUUCAGGACAAGCUUCACUUGGUCUCCGGAGGCGACGAUGGAGUGGUCAAGUACUGGGAUGUCGCCGGAGCCACCGUCAUCUCAGAUCUGUUAGGCCACAAGGACUAUGUGCGCUGCGGGGACUGCUCUCCCGUGAACGAUUCCAUGUUCGUAACGGGUUCUUACGAUCACACGGUGAAGGUGUGGGACGCGAGAGUGGACACGUCCAAAUGCAUCGCUGAGAUCAACCACGGGGGUCCAGUGGAGGACGUGGUCUACCUGCCGUCCGGUGGGAUGAUCGCAACCGCCGGUUUGAACAGCGUCAAGGUGUGGGACUUGAUCGGAGGCGGGAGGAUGGUUUGUUCCAUGGAGAGUCACAACAAGACUGUCACCUCUCUCUGCGUUGGGAGAAUGGGAUUGGAUGAAGCAGCGGAGAAUCGUCUUGUGAGUGUUUCUCUAGACGGAUACAUGAAAGUGUUCGAUUACGGGAGAGCAAAGAUGACCUACUCCAUGAGGUUUCCUGCUCCUCUCAUGUCCGUUGCGCUCUCUCCCGAUUCUUCCCUUCGUGUCAUCGGAGGGUCUAACGGUAUGCUGUUUGCUGGCAAGAAGAAGAAGCUGCCAGAUGCUGAGAAGAAGGCAACUAGCUUUUGGAGUGUCAAUAGCCAAGUGGAGGAGAGUAGGAGAAGGGCGUUGAGGCCUACUUAUUUCAGGUAUUUCCAGCGAGGCCAGAGCGAGAAGCCAUCCAAAGAGGAUUACUUGGUCAAGGAGAUGAAAGGAGUGAAACUGGCAAGACACGAUAAGCUCUUGAAGAAGUUCAGGCACAAGGAGGCUCUGGUCUCUGUUUUGGAGGAGAAGAAACCGGCCAACGUGGUGGCGGUGAUGGAAGAAUUGGUGGCCAGGAGGAAGAUGAUGAAGUGUGUGUCGAAUAUGGAGGAAGGGGAGUUGGGAUUGCUUCUGAGUUUCUUACAGCGGUACUGUACCGUGCAGAGGUAUUCAGUAUUGUUGAUGGCACUGACGAAGAAGGUUUUGGAGAUGAGAGCUGAGGAUAUCAACGGUAAGGAGGAGUUUAAAGGGGUUCUCAGGAACUUGAAGAGGGAGGUCAACCAGGAGAUUAUGAUUCAACAGUCUCUUGUCGAGAUUCAGGGUGUUAUUGCUCCUCUUAUGAGAAUUGCUGGGAGAAUAUGA